UAGAAUUGUUAACCCCUCCCACACCUGUCGGGCCUCCGAAGGCGUUUUAAGUGACUAGUGACAUCACCACUGAGCAGAAACCUCCCCUGUCUGAGCUUCAGUGCAUGGAUGCAUGCAGGACAGGAAACAUGGCUGGGUGUUAAAAAACAGCCAAAUGCGACCUGCUGUUAUAAUCAGCUGUUUUUUAGUAAACAUCAUCCUUCAGACAGGUCAGUUGGCUCUAAUAGAAACAGAGGAGACUGUGUGGGCAGCAGUGGGUGAUCAAGCCUCUCUAAGCUGUCAGCUCACUGAGGAUAAAGAAUUUCUAAGGAUCACCUGGCAGAAAGUCCGCCAUGAUGAACAGAAGAGUCUUGCCUCCUAUGCAAAGGACUAUGGGUACAGAGUAAGACCUGACCUGAAGGACAAGAUGGAUUUUCUCUGUGAAGAUCUUCAGAGCUGCUCCAUGGUGAUCAGGAAGGUCAUGGAGGAGGAUGAAGGCUGCUACCAAUGUCUGUUUAACACCUAUCCUGGAGGAAUCCUGAUAGGCAGGACCUGCCUCAGACUCUAUGAGCUGCAUGAACCCGUCCUUGAUGUCAGCAGAUCAAAGUCUCCUGCAGAGUCAGUUGUGUCCUGUUCAGCCACAGGUCGACCUGCUCCCACUGUAACACUGACUGUUCUACAGCAGAACCUCAGCUUCUCCCACUACAACAGCAGCAGUGUGACCCACAGCAACGGUACAGUCACCGUCACCACCACAGCUCUGCUGUCAGCUUUCAGCAGCACACAGGUUGGAUGUUCAGUGUCAGUGCUCUCUGCUGCUCCCAGAGAGAAGCUGAUCACCGUUCCUGGAGUUAAAGAAACAUCUGAUGAUGGUUUUGAUGUAGAAUCUGCUUCAAAUAACAGUGCUGUUGCAUGGUGUAUAAUCAGUGGAUCCAUGGUUUGCAUUGUUGCUUUUCUCAUCAUUUUAUGGUUCACAAAAAGGGCAGAAAAAAGGGGGAUUAAAGUUGCAUCAGACAUUGUACUAGAAGAUGCAUUGGACACGGAAGUGAAAGAUCCAGUGAAAAAGCCAUGUGAAGAUUCAUUGAACACACCAUCUGCAGAUGCAUUGAACAGGUUAUUUGAAGAUACAUUGAUCCCGCUACAUGAACAUACAUGGAGCAAACCAUUGUAAGACCUUCUUUACUUU